AUGGUCCUUGGCUGGCCGCUGCUUCUGGUGUUAGUUCUUUGCCUAGGUGCGACGGGCAUCAAGGACUGCGUCUUCUGUGAGCUGACUGACUCCGCUCGGUGCCCUGGCACACACAUGCGCUGUGGGGAUGACGAAGAUUGCUUCAUAGGCCACGGAGUAGCCCAGGGUGUGGGGCCCAUCAUCAACAAAGGCUGCGUGCACUCCACCAGCUGUGGUCGCGAGGAACCCAUCAGCUACAUGGGCCUCACCUACAGCCUCACCACCACCUGCUGUUCUGGCCACCUUUGCAACAGGGGGGCUAGCCUGGCCACGGGGGUUACCAGCCUGUCUCUGGGUCUGCAGCUGCUCCUGGGCCUGCUGCUGCUGCUUCAAUACUGGCCAUGACCCACAGGAACUGCAGGGCCUGGGGCUGUGCCCCGGGCCUCCGCCUCCAUCCCUUUUCCCCAUUAAACGGCCAGAGGCGAGGUCUACCU